AUGGCGUCCACGCUCGUGCUUGGCAGCCGCGUCACCCUCCAGAGGACGGCCCUGGCGCGUCACACACUUCCCCGCCCUAUCCCGGCCUCUCGCACCACCGCGCGCGCUUUCAAGACAGAAGACGUGUCCAGGAGCGUGGAGGAGUCCAAGCAGCAGGGCGCGAAGCUCUUGGAGUCCGCCAAGCUGCAGACCGAGGACUUUGCAGGCACCUUUUCCGGCAAAGCGGAGGAGGCCCUGGAGGCCGCCAAGAGCAAGUGGGAGGCCACUAGGGACAAGCCCACCGUCAUGGCCGCGGGCGCUGCCUCCCUGCUGGCCCUGUACAUCCUGUCUGGCGUGGUGGAGCGGAUCGAUGCGCUGCCCGGGAUCAGCACCCUCUUCCAGCUGAUCGGCUUCCUGACCACCGCCUGGUUUGUGGCGCGCUACCUCGGCUCCGACGAAGACAGGUCUCGAGUCCACUCCUCCGUCACCGCCUUCCUGGAGCGUCUUGGCUUCUAG